UGAAGCCCAAGACGGCGUAUUCUUACAACGUCACUCCCUUUCGUCAACUAUCUCUCUCUGCCUACAGAACCCUCCGCCGUCUUCCUCCGUUUGCCGGCGGCCAUGCUAGAUAUAAAGGAAGGUCCUCCAGAUAAAGAACUAUACGCUCUACUCCACGUUUCGCCGGAGGCAUCCGAUGAAGAAAUCAGGAAAGCUUAUCGUCAAUGGGCGCAAAUUUAUCAUCCAGAUAAAUACCAAGACUCUCAGAUGAAGGAAACUGCCACGGAGAACUUUCAACGGAUAUGUCAAGCCUAUGAGAUUUUAACUGAUGAGACUAGAAGACAGAUAUAUGACAUAUAUGGCAUGGAAGGAUUGACAUCAGGUUUAGAACUUGGCCCAAAACUAAGUAAAGCAGAAGAGAUCAAGGAAGAAUUAGAACGUUUGCGGCGCAGGAAGGAACAGGAAAAUAUUUAUUCCCAUGUUCGUUCUUCUGGUUCAAUCUUGACCAAUAUUUCUUUGCCCAACUUUCUACAAGGUGAUGGCAUCAUGAAAGGAAUGGCAAUGUCAACUGAUGUUCAGUCUCAGUUGUCAAAACGUGUUGCUGUUGCUAUUGGUGGAAAUAUGGUAGUCAAAGGAAAUGCUGGUGGUGGUGGUGCUACUGCAGUGCUUAGACAUCAGAUAUCUCCAGCAUCUUCUGUAGAAUUCAUGGCUUCAACUGGCUUAAGAUCAAUUUUAGGGGUGCAAACCUCUAGGCAAUUAUCAACGAAUUCUACAGCAACAAUGGGCGUUUCAGUGUCCUUGAGGGAUGGGUCGAUUAAUCUUUCAAACACAUGGUCUCGUCAACUUUCGCAGUCAUCAAAUGGAAAUAUACAACUUGUUUUAGGCAUGGAGUCAUUUGUCGCUGUAGGGUGGCAAAGGAAAGAAGAAAAAAGGUCUGCUGCUGGGGAGAUAAAGAUUGGCACAAGUUCUUUUGGAGCAUCAGCUCAUUAUACGCACCGCUUCUCAUCAAAGUCUCAUGGGCGUUUUGGUGGCAGGGUGGGAAGCUCUAACCUUGAGAUUGAAGUUGGAGGUGGGAGAAAGCUUUCUCGUUUUAGUACCGUCCGCAUGGUGUAUGCAAUUGGAAUUCAGGGUAUUUUGUGGCGAUUUGAAUUGCAUCGUGGGGAUCAAAAGCUAAUUAUCCCUGUUCUUCUUUCAAAGAGCUUAAAUCCUGUUUUUGCAACCGGAGCAUUUAUGAUUCCCACAUCACUUUACUUUUUAAUCAAGACAUAUUUCAUCAAGCCUUACUAUCUUAAACGCGAAAAGCAGAAAUCUCUGGAAAAUAUGGAAAAGACUUCAGCUGAGGUGAAAGAGGCUAGAUCAGCAGCUGAAAAGGCACAACAGUUACUUAAAACUGUAGCAAACAGAAAGAAGAACAGACAAGUAGAAAUAAAUGGACUUGUAAUCUUAAAAGCAGUUUAUGGUAAUAAGAAAGCAUUAAACAAAAGACAAACAAUGGAACAACAAGCAAAUGACAAUGCAGUUGAUUCGCAAGUCAUUGAUGUCACUCUGCCUCUAAAUUUUCUUGUCAAUGAUACUGGGAAACUUAAGCUUCACGAGGGCAUUAAGAAAUCAGGUAUUAUGGGUUUCUGCGAUCCAUGUCCAGGAGAACCUAAGUCCCUGCAUGUUGAGUAUAGUUACCAUGGUGAAAGAUUUGAGGUAACUGUCGAUGAUUAUGAAGAGCUGUUAAUACCGCAGCAAUCACAUGGAAUAUAAUUUCACUAAUGCGUAUUUCUUCCUUCUUACGAUUUUUCCUCCCUUUAUUUAUUCUUCAUUGGAAGUUGUUCAAUUUUGCUGCACCUCUGGUUUUGGGGAUAAAAAAACCUGAAUGGGAAAUACAAGCAAUUGAUAUUCUAUGUUGUACUAUAAUAAUAUCAAAUAUUGGUGAGGCUAACAGUUUUAUAAUUAAGAAUAUGUAGUGGUAGAUUUUAUGUUCUAAUUUAACCUAAUAAAAUAUAUAAAUUACCCCUUUCCUUAUGCCA